GGUGGAAAAAAGAAGACCAAAGGACCAAGGGGAUUUAGAAAAAAUAAUGAAGGAAGAAUGGGACCAGAUAUCGGAGGAAGAGAUAAACAAUAUAAUCGGAUCAAUGGAAGAAAGGUGUAUGGCAAUUAUUGAAAAAGGGG